CUGUGCAUCCGCUCCUGGCAACCGCUGCAGCUGCGCACCGCUCUGACGGAUUUUAACUUGAUACGUAUCUCAGGAUUUUUUUGUUAUUAUUUGUGGCAGAGGGGACUUUUGAAUAUCGCGACCUGAAUAUUCAUCGUCCUUCUUCCUGCACCACUGGACCGUAAUUUGCCGUGAUUUCGUGGGAUAUUUCAGAUUUUAAAAAGAAGAUGCCUGCCGAUAUGAUGGAAAAAACCUCAUCCUCUCCGGUCGCUGCAACCCCGGCAAGCAUGAACACAACUCCCGAUAAACCCAAGACAGCCUCUGAGCACCGAAAGUCAUCCAAGCCAAUAAUGGAAAAGAGGAGAAGAGCCAGAAUCAACGAAAGCUUGGGGCAGCUGAAAACUCUCAUCCUGGAUGCGCUCAAAAAAGAUAGCUCCAGACACUCCAAGCUGGAAAAGGCGGACAUCCUGGAGAUGACGGUGAAGCAUCUCCGGAACCUCCAGAGGGCUCAGAUGACCGCUGCCCUGAACACAGACCCCACUGUCUUGGGAAAAUACCGUGCCGGUUUCAGCGAGUGCAUGAAUGAGGUCACCCGGUUCCUUUCCACCUGCGAAGGCGUCAACACCGAGGUCAGGACGCGGCUGCUCGGUCACCUGGCCAACUGCAUGACCCAGAUUAACGCCAUGAACUAUCCCAGCCAGCAUCAGCACCAGCACCAGCUCCCCUCCACCGCCGGGCCAACGCACCCUUCAUUCGGCCAGUCCAUGGUGCAGAUCCCCAGCUCGUCCCCGCAGGUCCUGCCCAUGAACGCGGUCUCCUGUAAAGGGGGCUCUUCGCCUGCAAAUUUACCUUCAGACGCCACCAAAGUGUACGGCGGUUUCCAGAUCGUGCCUGCCACAGACGGACAGUUUGCGUUCCUCAUACCCAACGCGGCAUUUGCGCCAAACGGCCCCGUUAUCCCCGUGUAUGCCAACAACGUCAGCACGCCGGUCCCUGUGCCGGCUGCGGUUUCCCCAGGAGCCCCGUCAGGCAACACGGACUCAGUGUGGCGACCCUGGUGAAAAGUGGGGGGGGGGAGGACCAUAAAGACUUUAAAAUGACACUUAAUAGUUCUCUCUUUGUUCAAUGUUAGAAAAAGUUGUUUUGAACCUGUUUUUUCUUGUCAAAUGGAAAGAGUAUGCACUAUAUUUGUACAGCUAACAAGGGAGUAAAGUUCAUAUUGAAAUGAGAUUUGUAUUGUGGAAGUCCGUUCACUGCAUUUUUAUAUAUUUGAGUCGUCUUUUUUACUGUGUGAUGCCAAAGAUAUGUUCAAUGCUCUUACGCUGUUCUUCGUUUUGGAAGACAAAAUAAAUUUGUU